UACCAGCAGCAGCAGCAGCAGCCAGAAGCGGCCUGUCGUCAGUCGUGUCUGUCAUACUGAAUUCGUUUUCGCAGCAACGCGCAGGUGACUUGGCUAACACUCAGUAAAUGCCGGUCAAAUAAAAGUGAUCUCUCCAGGGCAAACGGUACAGAUUUACACCAAAAACCAAGUAACAAGCAACUUAACAGAUUCGAAACAACUUUAAGGAAAAGAAAAGAUCAAGCUGACUACAAAACGGAAGUGAAAGGCCAUCAGUGUUGGUACGGAAGGAUAAAAACGAACCUUGCGAAAAUCAGUUGUGAUCAGAGUGGGCUGCGAAAGUAAGACCAACCUCCCAAGUGCGAAAAACCCCGUUUGACCCAAGACAGAAGACAGAAGAGAGAGAUCAGCCAGAACAGAUAUAAAAAUUGAAAAAUCUAUUGCAAAUCCUUACGACACGAAAAGUCCGGAAAAUUGACCCCAAAAGAAAAGACCCUUUCUCCACGUAUUAAAGUCCGCAAAAAAGGGGAAAACUGUUCCAGUGUUUCUCAUUCGUGCAGUGUUCGUGCGUGUGUGUGUCAUCGUCGAUUUUCCGUCGUCGGAAAAGGCUCGUCCGAGAGAGAGAGUGAAGGGAGAAUACCAAGAAGGCUUUUUCAUGUACAUUUAGUAGUUAUACAUACUCACAGCAAACGCGAAGAAAGCAACUGUUACGUUACCAUAUUCGUUCUACAGCCACAGUCAGAGACAGAUUACACAUUAGCGUAAAGACAAACCCCCCCAGUAGCAGGCAUCCGAUGCUAUCUUCAUUCAAGUCAUUGAUCGUGUUUUCCCGUGGCAAAUAGUCAUUUGUACGCUACACCAAAAAACAAUCGUUGGACUUUCGAAGCUUUUGCUCUCUCGGCAGUGGCAGGGGUUUGUAACUGAUACGAGGAACGAACGUAAUGUUAGGAUUAUUUCAAUAAAACAGCUACAUAACCUAGGAUUAGAGAGCUAAGCUAGCAGGAGGUGAACAAAACGGUGUGAAUUGCGGUUGCGUGUUAGAAAAAUAUCCCCCAAAAAAUAGAGCAAAAGAUUGCUCGAGGAAAGGCAGUGUUUGCGAAAAUAAAUCCGACACAUCUUCCUGGCUUUGGCAGGAUCGAUCAAGUAGGUGAGUUGGUGUGAGUGUCAUCGUGUUCGUGCUUUCCCUAUAGUGCGUUGGUGUGGUUGUGACAGACCGUGGAAAACUUUCGAGCGUAGACGGGAAAAUCGUACACGCGCUCUCUCUCUCUCUCCGAGUUUUCCAACCGCGAGCGAGAGCGAGUUGUGAGUAUUGAAAGUUUGUUCGACUCCGACCCCGAAAGGAUUUCCCUUUCACGCACUGGACUGAAGGGGUGAAUAGUGGUUUCGGUUUCCACGAAUUCUGAAACAAGGCUAGUGGACUCGACUCGGUGUCACUGUGUUAGUCGUGAGCGAUAAAGUGCAUAGACAGGACACGCAGUUACGGGUUGUGUUCCCUCUUACCAUAGAGAACUGAAAUAUCCGACCACCACCACCACUAAUCUCUACUGUUGGAAAGUAUCUAAGUGUCUACUGCCCACGGCUGGAAACAAACCCCAACAGCGCUCCAACAGUUACUGUUCUCAGUUGAUAAGGAACCGCAGGCAAAUUGGUGGCAAACGAGCAACAAAAAAAACACUUUUCCGUAAGUUACUGCGUACUCUCACCAUUCAAGUGACUGACCCGAUAUCCUGAAAGUGACCUAUUGCGAGAAGCUGCGCAAAAAACAGGCUCGUACGAUACGCUCGUCGUCUAUUGACUGCCUGCCCGCAAUAAGCUUCAACUUCUUCGAGUGAACUUCACUGAGUAAAAGGGGGGAAAAACACCGGAAAAGCAAGAGUCAACAUGGAGCAGGAGCAGGAGCAGGGUCAGAUGGUGCCCAUCGCGGUGAAUGGGGGGGAUGAGCAUCAGGGUGGUAGCAGCAUCGACAUCGGGGCAGGUUCCGAUGGACCGCCGAGUAUGAUUGGUGUCGGUCCGCCGAGUCCGCUUACCGGGUGCUAUCUGUUGAUCGUCAUCGGUGAGCCACACUCGCAGGACCAUAAGGAUAUCAUUCUCCAACGGCUAAUCAAAGGCUUCCUUUCAUGGGAUGUUGUCGAUUGCCAUGUCGACUUGGAGGAGGAACUGCAUACUAUCACGUUGCAGGCAUUGGAAGGCGAGGAAGGCAAGCAUGGUGAACGAUUGAUUCAGUAUGCCAGCGAAAAUCUGGUUACUGAAAUCUUGAUUCAUCCACAAGUCAACACCUUCAUCCAGUGUAUCCGGAAUCUGCUGAGUAGCUUCACUCGGCACCGUCACAUCAUCCAUACGGGCUACACGUUCUCAGGAAAUGGAUCGUGGAUAUUACAGGACGGGACAUUUUCAGUGAUGGAUUUCAUGGAGGCAUUCCAAGAGCACGAGGUACAGCGCGUACUUCGCGCCUAUCCUGAGACGAUCACUAUGGAUAUACAUUGUGCUCCUGUAGGGCAAUGGCACACGAUCCAGGAAAAGUCCUUCUCGCGACUUUGCCAGAUUCGCUUGAAUCCAGUGGACGUACUGAGCUCGGGCAGUGAAAAAUUGAAUGGCUUUGUCGCCUAUUUAUCGUCGAUGAUCAUACCGACGGAAAUUUCCGAGCUGUUGGAAAGCUCCGACGUUGUUGGAAACAUCCGCUUCAGCCAUCCAACUUUGUACGUCUUCCCAGGAGGUCAGGGAGAUGCUGCCCUUUUCGGAAUCAACGGCUUCAAUAUGUUAGUUGAUGGAGGCUUCAGCCGUAAAUCUUGCUUCUGGGAUUUUGUCCGCCAUCUAGAUCGUCUAGAUGCGGUACUGAUGACACGCAUCAAUAAUACCAACAUCAAGGGCAUUUCAUCCGUAGUAGAGCGCAAGAGCGAAGCGCACGUCUACCCUCAGAUAGGACACUUUUUCUGCAAUAUUCCCGAGCGCAAAGGAUUGCCCAGUCCAGACGGAGAUAAGGACCGCGAUCCGCUGUUGGUGGAUAUACUACAGGAGGGUCACCAAAUCGUCACGAACCUGAAGUCGUUGAACUUGAAGGCACAAAACUGUUAUCGCGAUGUGGAACCGAUCAAUCUGUAUCAUAAAGUUGGCCAUGGAACGCUCGAUAUGUACGUCAUCAGUCCGGCACGAGACUCUCGUGAGGUGAAGGACUUUCUCGCUCGAUGGGCCGCCGCUGACCAACGUCUGUUUACGAAGGAGACAAAGGACGGCAAAGAUUUUGCCUUUCCACUACAGAAUCUCAUCUCCAUUUGUGCUCUGCUAGUGUGGACACCGGCAAAUCCGGAAGACAAUAUAACACGCAUUCUUUUUCCGGGUUCAGCACCUGAGUAUAAGAUACUCGAAGGAUUGGAAAAAAUGAAGAAUGUGGAGUUUAUGCGACAACCAGUAUGCCCAGUCAAAUCGAUCGCUGCAAAUCUAUCCACACCAGUGUUAGUUACGAAAAAGUCACUCAAAUCGGCCUCCACUGAUCGGAUUAUAUCAGACGCGUUACAUCCGUCCAAGCCAAAGGACAACAAACUUAUCGAUAACAAAAUGAGAAUGAUGGCUGCCGAUAAUAAACUUGCUGCGGAUGGAAUGGACAGCUCAGCGGACGAGAUCAAGAUGGAAAAACAACUAUCGAAGGCGCCUGGUACCACCACAGUUGCUUCUGCCAAGAUGGAAAGCAAACCGAAAGCUAUUCGUUCUGGCAGACCAAUGGCCAUGUCCGAGAAGAAGCUUGACAACAAGAAGAUGGAACAGCAACAGCAGCAAGACGAAAAGAAGGAUUCCAUCUCGGACGUUAGCUCCGAUAAGGAAGAUGUGUUGUCAACUGACAAAUCUAAACCAUUGGCAGUAGAUAGUGAAAAGAGCCUCGACGAAGCGCCAGAUGCACAAGAGAAAAAGGAGGAAGUAGAUUCAGCGAAACCUGAUCUUGAUGCAAAAGAAAAGAAAAAAGAUGAUGCUGCCUCUCCUGCCGGAGCCGACACCGGAGGCAUGGUGACAAAAGCCACCAGAAAGCCACCCACAUCGCGCACAGUUACAUCAUCGUCGGCUAGAUCAAAGAUUGACACAACGAGUAAAACGUCCAAAACACCGGCAGACCGAAAGCCCGCAGUAAAGAAACAAGCAGAAGCGAAUAAAUCAUCACCAACAACUCCGAAGAAAACCAGCUCAAUCGAAUCUAAGCUAACCAACGGAAGUGCCACUAAAGCAGAACAAGGAGAAGACAUCAAAAAAGCUGCUAGCAAGACAACUGCUUCUAAAACGGGUCCCUUGAUAGGCACAAAACCGGGUAAAUCUAGUCCAAAAGCAACCCCUGCUAAGAGUGCCAAGGAUGAAAACAACCGGAAAGUUCUCGAGGCGAGACAACGCCCUAUAAUGGCGGCUAAGCGUGAGGCUCGAAAGGAACUCGAUAAGAAAGACACUCAUCCAUCAAAGCAAACUGAACGCAAACCUAUCUCACGUCGACCGAAGGGUACCGUCACGACAUCUUCCAGUGCUGCAACAGCCGGUGGUAGUCCAGUGAAGGCUAAGAAGGUGUUGAAAUCCGAAAAAGACGCCGUCAUCAGAAAGGCUAAGCUAGAUAAGAACGGUACAACGGAUUCUAGUCUCGUUUCGACGCCUAGUGCAGAUGAAGGAGGCGUUCCAGUGUCCAAGCGUCCGGCAGGUGUCGCUCCUUCAGACGCUGUUCCUGGCGAUAGCGAUACACUGGAGGCGAUCAAGAAACAGCAACAACUAGCGGAGCUGAAGGAAGAACAAGAAGCAGUUCGUGAGAUUGAAGCCGUAUUUAAUCGCGAUUCAGCUGCUCAGAAGGCUCUCAAACACCGAGAACUGGCACUGACUGAAGAACAUCGCGAGGUACAAGACAGUGCCACCGAACCGGAGGAAGAAGAGGAAUAUCUCAUCAUCGAAAAGGAAGAGCAGUACACCGAGGACUCGAUCAAUGAGCCAGAAAGCAGUGCCACUAAGGAGGAAGAAAUUCAGAAGCACCAACGUGAUUCCCAGGAAUCUGAAAAACGUAAACGCGACAGUUUGGAGGAAGAGAAAGAGGAGAAGGUGGAUGCGAUUAAGAUUGUUGGUCAGGCUGUGGCUGCGGCUGAAGUUGUUGAAAGCGAAAAGGCUGAUGAUGACCAACCGCAACAGGAGGAAGGCGUAGUCCAAGCAAGCGCUCCGGCGGAAGAGGAGCUGGAUGACCAGGAUCGAGAAAUUCAGGAAAAGCUUUCACCCAAACAUAAACAAGAGCUCGAAGAGGAAGUGCAGGACAUUAUCGCUUCGGCCAAGGAGAUCGCUAAAUCCAAAAUGGAAACCUCUAUGGACGGUUUGAAGACGGAGGAGAUCUCCUCCAUCAGUCCCGAUGAAAAGAUGAGCAGCACGAAAAAGACCAGCGAUACUCGUGAUGAGGAACAGGAACCAAUAGGCCAUCCGAAGGAUCACAUCGAUCCACCGCAUCAUGAGAGUCACCAUGAGGAGCGUGUAUCAGCCACUGUCGAAUCUGGGGCAACCACGACAGCUCCAACUCUUCCAGAAGACGAACGCAUACCGUUAGACGAGAUUAAGGAAGAUCUCGUAAUCGAGGAGAAACAUGUCAAGGAAGAAACGAAGGAAGUUGAAGUGACCUCGGCAGUAGCGGUUGCUGCUGCAACAACAAUCCCAACCGAACAACCAACAGGACCUGAUGCAGCUACAGAAAUUGUAGCCACAGCAGCCGCUCCAUUGCAAACCGUUUACGAACCGCUAGAACGACCAACUCCGGCAAAGAUGCAGUUCAGUGCACAGCAAGCGCACAUGCGAGACGUGGUGAAAACACCGGAUGAGGUAGCGGAUCUACCCGUGCACGAAGAGGCCGAUCUCGAGGAGGAUUAUGGUGAAGAUAAGGAUAAAGAUAGUAAAGAGGACGAGGAUAAGGAUCGUGAUACGAAAGAAAAGCCAGAGGAAGAACCCGUCGUCGCAGUCUCUACGACAACGGUAGCAUCCACAUUGGCGGCGAUAGAGACUGAUGCUAAGCAACUUGAGAAGACUGAUGAUGAAAGGCAUGUAGUGGAUAAGUCAGUUGAAAGUGAUAAACCAUGUGAUACGGCGAGCAAGGCAACUGAAGUGAAGGAGGUGUUCGAAAAAGUUGAACGAGACACUCGGCUGGACAAGCCACCAAAAUCAGACGCACAUGAAACAGAAGAACAGAAUGCUUCGAAAGCAAUGCCUACGGACGAUGCUAUCUUAAGAGACUUGGAGUCUCAAAUUAUCCCUGUGAAUGAUCAACCCGACACUGCACUCAAAGUACAGCAACAACAUCAGAUUAAACAAGAAAGCAAGACACCAACCGAAGACACGAUUAAGCAUGAUGCGGAUAAUGAUGAUGAAGCCGAAAAAGUGCCAGUGGAAGAAGAACUGAUCGUCGCGCAAAAAGUAGUACCUAAAGUUCCGCAACCGCCGCAAACUGUUACUUCAGUAUUAGACGAGAUCUGGCAAUCCCCUGCAAAGGUUGAGGAAACCCCGGACGAGUUAAAACAUCUGAUCGAUGACAAGACGAAAGGGACCGUGUCAGACUUUGUAGCCAUCAAGGACACUAUGGUAAAAAGUGUCGCAGAACAGAAGGAAGAAGUUAUCGGUACCGUUACAGAAGAAGUCAAAGAUAUUGAUUGCAAGGUCAAGGAUUUAAUUCAGGGCGCUGGAGAGGAGAUUAAAUUAAUGGCUGUGCAAGCAGCAGGUGAAGUUGUGAAAGAUUUAACUGACAAAACGGAUGACGUGCUCGAUAAUUUGCAAGCUAAGACCAAACAAAUGGAUGACGAGUUGAAGGCGACCACUACAAUCUUGGACACUAAAGUGGAUUCGUUUGUACAUGAUGUUGCACAGGCUGCUACCAAAGUUGAUGAAGCCCUGGUUACAAUCGCGGACGAACAAAGCGAACUAGAAAAACUUUCGAAAGAUCUCAAACAAGAUGUAGUUAAUCAGCUGGAUAUUACAAAACAUCAGAUCGAAGAGGACAUCGCGAAAGAGGUAGAGAAAGUCCAAGAGAAAGCAAAGACUGGCAUCAGUUCAUUCUUCGGAAGUAUUACAGAGGGCAUAAAGAGUGGUAUUGAGAAAAUGGCAGAUAAAGUGGAGCAUAAAAUCAAGGAUAAAACCGACGAAGUUGAAGUGAAACUGCAACAAGUUACCGAGAAGAUCGACAGUCUUCAAACGGAACGUAAAUCGGAAUCUGCCACUGUGAGUCAGCAUGAAUCAGGGCAAUCAUACGAUCGGUUCGGUGGACCCUACGAACGAAGCUUUACGCAGGAGUUGCGUGAAACUCAUAUUACCACGGUUGAUUCUCCAGUUACAGAUGGAGAUAAGCUGAGUAUGGAGCUAAAAUCAAUGGUCAACAUCCCGCAUGACAUCGACGAAGAUAAAGAACUUGAAGAGCUGGAGGCCAACAAAAACUUAGGUACGUUCGUUAUCGAAGACAUUAAGUAUAGUGCUUUUGAGGAUGCUAAUCUACGGGAGAUUAAAGAGGAAGAAGAGGAAGACCGUGUCUCACCGCCGCAAGGUGGUUCGGAAAAGCUGGGUCCGUCUGUAGGCAUGAUGCCGCCACGGGCACGAACCCCCGAAGAUGUAGCUAAAAUAGUGGCCAAUGUAGCGGAAGUGCUGAAGUCUGACAAAGAUUUGGAGGAAAUUAUCCCUGGUUUUGAUCCAAAUGAGCUGGAGCGUAAGCUUUCACAAGGCGCUGCUCGCGAAGAGGAUGUAGGCACUGUUCAACGAAUGCUCGUCACGGCCAGCAGUGAGGAUGGAGGUGAAGAAACAGUUAUCUGUGCUGAUGGCACUAUCACAUUCUCAAAGUCAGCUACUCCCGAACCGUUGCAGGGUUCAGGUACAACUACCCCUGAAAUUAAGGUGCAGGAAGAAAACGAGGAAGAGGAGGACGAGGCUGAGAAAUCUAUCGAAGGCCACGGUCUUAUCUUUACGAAAGAUACUACUGACAUCAAGCCAACAAUGGAAGAAAAGAGUAGCCCAGCAUCGUCGGGCAAAUCCUCACCCGAUCUAAAAACAUCUCCCACCUCGAUAGAAGAAAAAGAUAAACACGAACUACCUGAGAAGGUGGUUCAGGUAGAAACUGCCAAGUCUAAAUCUCAAGAAGCUACUAUUGGUAUGUUAGGUGACAUUCGUAAGGAAUCUUUAGUAGAUCACCACACAGACGAACAAAUUGAUGAUACAAGAAGAGAAUCAGCCAUCAGCACGUUCAGUGAACGAGACUACACAAAAGAUGAAAGCUCGUUCGUCGAUGAGCGUGAUUCGUCUCGUGCGCAUUCAAUCUCAAGCCACAUCAGUGAUCUCAAAGAAGAUCCUGCGGACCUCAAAUCAGUGGCGGACUUUUUGAAGGAAGCUGACAAAGACCAUGAUCAAGUAUUUGUGGACACGGAUGACAAGACGAAAGAACUCUCUAGUCCUGAAUCAAUUACAAGCCAAAAAACAGUUUCGGAGAAGGAACCUCCUAGCCUUGACGCAAUGAAAGAAACAGCGGCAAUCCUAACAAGUGAAUCUAACAAGCUAACGGACCCUACGCAUUCAAAACAAUCAAGCGAAGCAGAGGUAUUUUCUCGUCCAGAUUCUCCUGCCAGCGUAGGAGAUGCGUCCUCACAAGUGGCAUCACUACAACAAGAUAAAGAAAAGUCAGAUGAUGAACGCAUUAUCCCCACACUACAAAAGUUAAAAGAAUCUGCAUCAUUGGAUCUAGCAGAAGAACAACAAGAAACAACUGAAUUUUCACGACCAGAGUCGCCAGAUAGUGGUAAGGACGUUUCUCGGCCAGCAUCCGCAGCCGAGCAAGAUCAAUCGCGACCUGCUUCAGCUGCUAGUGGACCCGCCGAUAAGGCUCCUGCUGAGAAGUCUGUAGACCUGAAGGCCGAGACCAAGGAAGAUUCCCGACCUGCUUCAGCUGCUAGUGGACCCACAGAUAAGGCUCCUUCUGAGAAAUCGAUCGACCUGAAGUCAGACAUUAAGGAAGAAUCACGACCUACUUCAGCUGCUAGUGGACCCGCCGAUAAAUCUCCUUCUGAGAAGUCGGUCGAUCUGAAGGCCGAGACAAAGGAACAAUCGCGACCUGCUUCAGCUGCUAGUGGACCCACAGAUAAAUCUCCUUCUGAGAAGUCUGUAGAUCUGAAGGCCGAGACCAAGGAAGAAUCGCGACCUGCUUCAGCUGCUAGUGGACCCGCCGAUAAAGCUCCUUCUGAGAAGUCGGUCGAUCUGAAACCAGACACCAAGGAAGAAUCGCGACCUGCUUCAGCUGCUAGUGGACCAGCCGAUAAGGCUCCUUCUGAGAAGUCGAUCGAUCUUAAGGCAGACACCAAGGAAGAAUCGCGACCUGCUUCAGCUGCUAGUGGACCCACAGAUAAGGCUCCUUCUGAGAAGUCGGUUGAUCUGAAGGCCGAGACCAAGGAAGAAUCGCGACCUGCUUCAGCUGCUAGUGGACCCACAGAUAAGGCUUCUUCUGAGAAGUCGGUCGAUCUGAAGGCCGAGACAAAGGAAGAAUCGCGACCUGCUUCAGCUGCUAGUGGAGCCGCCGAUAAAGCUCCUUCUGAGAAGUCGGUCGAUCUGAAACCAGACACCAAGGAAGAAUCGCGACCUGCUUCAGCUGCUAGUGGACCCGCCGAUAAGGCUCCUUCUGAGAAGUCGAUCGAUCUUAAGGCAGACACCAAGGAAGAAUCGCGACCUGCUUCAGCUGCUAGUGGACCCACAGAUAAGGCUCCUUCUGAGAAGUCGGUUGAUCUGAAGGCCGAGACCAAGGAAGAUUCCCGACCUGCUUCAGCUGCUAGUGGACCCACAGAUAAGGCUCCUUCUGAGAAAUCGAUCGACCUGAAGUCAGACAUUAAGGAAGAAUCACGACCUACUUCAGCUGCUAGUGGACCCGCCGAUAAGGCUCCUUCUGAGAAGUCGGUUGAUCUGAAGGCCGAGACCAAGGAAGAAUCGCGACCUGCUUCAGCUGCUAGUGGACCCACAGAUAAAUCUCCUUCUGAGAAGUCUGUAGAUCUGAAGGCCGAGACCAAGGAAGAAUCACGACCUGCUUCAGCUGCUAGUGGAGCCGCCGAUAAAGCUCCUUCUGAGAAGUCGGUCGAUCUGAAACCAGACACCAAGGAAGAAUCGCGACCUGCUUCAGCUGCUAGUGGACCAGCCGAUAAGGCUCCUUCUGAGAAGUCGAUCGAUCUUAAGGCAGACACCAAGGAAGAAUCGCGACCUGCUUCAGCUGCUAGUGGACCCACAGAUAAGGCUCCUUCUGAGAAGUCGGUUGAUCUGAAGGCCGAGACCAAGGAAGAAUCGCGACCUGCUUCAGCUGCUAGUGGACCCACAGAUAAGGCUUCUUCUGAGAAGUCGGUCGAUCUGAAGGCCGAGACCAAGGAAGAAUCGCGACCUGCUUCAGCUGCUAGUGGACCCGCAGAUAAGGCUCCUUCUGAGAAGUCGGUCGAUCUGAAGGCAGACACCAAGGAAGAAUCGCGACCUGCUUCAGCUGCUAGUGGACCAGCCGAUAAGGCUCCUUCUGAGAAGUCGGUCGAUCUGAAGCCAGACACCAAGGAAGAAUCGCGACCUGCUUCAGCUGCUAGUGGACCCACAGAUAAGGCUCCUUCUGAGAAGUCGAUCGAUCUUAAGGCAGACACCAAGGAAGAAUCGCGACCUGCUUCAGCUGCUAGUGGACCCACAGAUAAGGCUCCUUCUGAGAAGUCUGUCGAUCUGAAGGCUGAGACCAAGGAAGAUUCCCGACCUGCUUCAGCUGCUAGUGGACCGACAGAUAAGGCUCCUUCUGAGAAGUCGGUCGAUCUGAAGCCAGACACCAAGGAAGAAUCACGACCUGCUUCAGCUGCUAGUGGACCCACAGACAAGGCUCCUUCUGAGAAGUCGAUUGAUCUGAAGGCCGAGACCAAGGAAGAAUCGCGACCUGCUUCAGCUGCUAGUGGACCCACAGAUAAGGCUUCUUCUGAGAAGUCGAUCGAUCUGAAGGCCGAGACAAAGGAAGAAUCGCGACCUGCUUCAGCUGCUAGUGGACCCACAGAUAAGGCUCCUUCUGAGAAGUCUGUAGAUCUGAAGGCCGAGACCAAGGAAGAAUCGCGACCUGCUUCAGCUGCUAGUGGACCCGCCGAUAAAGCUCCUUCUGAGAUGUCGAUCGAUCUUAAGGCAGACACCAAGGAAGAAUCGCGACCUGCUUCAGCUGCUAGUGGACCCGCUGAUAAGGCUCCUUCUGAGAAGUCGAUCGAUCUUAAGGCAGACACCAAGGAAGAAUCGCGACCUGCUUCGGCUGCUAGUGGACCCACAGAUAAGGCUCCUUCUGAGAAGUCGAUCGAUCUUAAGGCAGACACCAAGGAAGAAUCGCGACCUGCUUCAGCUGCUAGUGGACCCACAGAUAAGGCUCCUUCUGAGAAAUCGGUCGAUCUGAAGCCAGACACCAAGGAAGAAUCGCGACCUGCUUCAGCUGCUAGUGGACCCACAGAUAAGGCUCCUUCUGAGAAGUCUGUAGAUCUGAAGGCCGAGACCAAGGAAGAAUCGCGACCUGCUUCAGCUGCUAGUGGACCAGCCGAUAAGGCUCCUUCUGAGAAGUCGAUCGAUCUUAAGGCAGACACCAAGGAAGAAUCGCGACCUGCUUCGGCUGCUAGUGGACCCACAGAUAAGGCUCCUUCUGAGAAGUCGAUCGAUCUUAAGGCAGACACCAAGGAAGAAUCGCGACCUGCUUCAGCUGCUAGUGGACCCACAGAUAAGGCUCCUUCUGAGAAAUCGGUCGAUCUGAAGCCAGACACCAAGGAAGAAUCGCGACCUGCUUCAGCUGCUAGUGGACCCACACAUAAGGCUCCUUCUGAAAAGUCUGUAGAUCUGAAGGCCGAGACCAAGGAAGAAUCGCGACCUGCUUCAGCUGCUAGUGGACCCGCAGAUAAGGCUCCUUCUGAGAAGUCGAUCGAUCUUAAGGCAGACACCAAGGAAGAAUCGCGACCUGCUUCAGCUGCUAGUGGACCCACAGAUAAGGCUCCUUCUGAGAAGUCUGUAGAUCUGAAGGCCGAGACCAAGGAAGAAUCGCGACCUGCUUCAGCUGCUAGUGGACCCGCCGAUAAGGCUCCUUCUGAGAAGUCGGUCGACCUGAAGGCUGAGACCAAGGAAGAAUCACGACCUGCUUCAGCUGCUAGUGGAGCCGCCGAUAAGGCUCCUUCUGAGAAGUCGGUCGAUCUGAAGGCCGAGACCAAGGAAGAAUCGCGACCUGCUUCAGCUGCUAGUGGACCCGACGAUAAGGCUCCUUCUGAGAAGUCGGUCGAUCUGAAGGCAGACACCAAGGAAGAAUCGCGACCUGCUUCAGCUGCUAGUGGACCCACAGAUAAGGCUCCUUCUGAGAAGUCUGUAGAUCUGAAGGCCGAGACCAAGGAAGAAUCGCGACCUGCUUCAGCUGCUAGUGGACCCGCCGAUAAGGCUCCUUCUGAGAAGUCGGUCGAUCUGAAGGCUGAGACCAAGGAAGAAUCGCGACCUGCUUCAGCUGCUAGUGGACCCACAGAUAAGGCUCCUUCUGAGAAGUCGGUCGAUCUGAAGGCCGAGACCAAGGAAGAAUCGCGACCUGCUUCAGCUGCUAGUGGACCCACAGAUAAGGCUCCUUCUGAGAAGUCGGUCGAUCUGAAGGCAGACACCAAGGAAGAAUCGCGACCUGCUUCAGCUGCUAGUGGACCCGCAGAUAAGGCUCCUUCUGAGAAGUCUGUAGAUCUGAAGGCCGAGACCAAGGAAGAAUCGCGACCUGCUUCAGCUGCUAGUGGACCCGCAGACAAGGCUCCUUCUGAGAAGUCUGUAGAUCUGAAGCCAGACACCAAGGAAGAAUCGCGACCUGCUUCAGCUGCUAGUGGGCCCGCAGAUAAGGCUCUUUCUGAGAAGUCGGUCGAUCUGAAGGCCGAGACCAAGGAAGAAUCGCGACCUGCUUCAGCUGCUAGUGGAUUCACAGAUAAGGCUCCUUCUGAGAAGUCUGUUGACCUGAAGCCAGACACCAAGGAAGAAUCGCGACCUGCUUCAGCUGCUAGUGGACCCGCCGAUAAGGCUCCUUCUGAGAAGUCGGUCGAUCUGAAGCCAGACACCAAGGAAGAAUCGCGACCUGCAUCAGCUGCUAGUGAACCCACAGAUAAGACAGAUUCGGUGCCUGUUACAGCUACUAGUGGACUAGCAGGUGUCGUAGUAGAUCCUGAUGAAUUAGCUUCAAAGGAACAUUCGAGGCCCGAAUCAGUUGCUUCGAACAAAUCUUUUAUAAUGGAUUCUAAAAGUGGAUUUGAAACCUCAUCCGUUACGUCUUUUACGAAGUUCGAAGAAUCUCUAUCUCGCAGAGAAUCAUCGUCAAGAAAGGAAGAACAAGAUGCCACUAUGAGUGACGGCGAUGAAGACAAUAUCGAAACAAAAGUUUGUAUGAAAGAAACUCGCUCGAAAUCCAUGUCAGCCGUAGUCACAUCUUCCGGACAGCGUUCAGGAUUUGAAGGUGGUACUUUGGGAGUGCUAGAAGAAUCGGUUAUUGCUUCUCGUGACGAUUUGGAUAUGAUACGCAGUCCCCGGGAUAGUGUCACUAAAAUAGACCCUUCUUUCAUUCCAAAACCAAUGGAAAGCACGCUUAACAAGUCCUUCAAGCCAUUGUUUGACGAUAAUCCACAAUUUCCUGGCGAGAAAGAUGAUGCACAUAAAAAUGAUACUGCCACCAUGUUCCCGAAAUGUGGGUUAGACAGUGCCGAAAGUCCUGACCAUGGUGCUUCGAUUGCUAAAGGCGUGGAUCAGCUCCUGAAGGAUACAGUCACCUCAAUGAAGGAAAUUGAAAAAAUGACCUCCACAGUCAUCUCAUCCACGAAAACAGAUGAAUCGACGAUCGAAAGUAAAACAACAGCAAUGUGUAGUACCACCAUCUCGGGAGCAUUCCCAAUGACAGGUGACAGUGGUAAAUCCUCUCCUUACCUUGGAGAAAAAUCACAGGAAUCCAGCGCCAAAUCAGUUAGUCCACUGCAAGACAAAGACUCACUUGAGGAGAGCACCACAUCGUUGAACACGUUCAUCGAGAAAGAUAGCUUGUCAGAAAAGGCGUCUAUCCAACUGCAACAGGUCUCAAUUCGCAUGAGUACACCUGGCGAAUCUUCGAUCAAAAGCUGCUCGACGACAGCUGAGAAGGGUACAGAAGAAUUACUGUUCCCGGGCAGCAAAACACCACCGACAGCUCCAAUCAGUCCGAACGUUGCCGCAAAGGAAAGCAUAAAUAUAUCUCAAUCUCAUUACGAAUCUUCGGUCCUAGUUGGUUCAACCUCUGUUGCAUCAGCGACAACCACGUUGGCGACCUCUGCUAUGACAACAACUAUGCCGACCGCGCCCAAGGACGAUGCAUCUGGUGUUUCAACACCUAAAGAGUCUGUACCAUCUGGCAAGUCGAGCCCGGGGCUGAUGUCCGUGCACACGCAAGGUAGUACGGACAGUGCUUCCAAAUCGAUCAACUUGGGCCACAGCAGUUCAGGUAUUGAGACAUCAGAUUCAUCGCCGAAGCCAACAUCGCCCUUUCCGAAGGUGGUCGUCGACACGCUGAAACUUGCGGACGAAGCAAAGACCACCUCCGGCAUGAGCACACCGGACAUGACGCGUUCGUCAACGCCAGACAUGGUCGACUCACAGAUUGAGCGUAUCGCCACAACUAGUGCAGAAAAGGGUGACUCUCAGACAACUGUCACGACUACAACGACGACUACAAAGACCACGACGUACAUCAUCAAGGAUGGGCAGAAGAUUGAAGUGGACACCAACGUGCACAGUGAUACAGUAAGCAAAACUGAAACACAGCAACCGGAUGCUUCCACAAUCACUCCCGCAGGAGUAACAUCCUCUAUUACGACGUAUGUAAUCAAGGAUGGCCAAAAGGUCGAAGUGGACAGCAAUAUCCGUAGCGAUGUACAAACCUCCGAAGCAAUCGCUGCGGCAAAACCAUCAGCUCCCAGCCAACUCACUUUGGCUGGAACCGAAGAGCGCAGUUUCACCGAAGACUAUGAUGAAAAAGAUGUAUUAUCACCGCGAUCAGAUAUAUCCUCCGGGCAGGCGUCGCGCAUUGUAGCCGGAUGGCAUGAUGACGACGUGCCUGGUUCACCCAUGAGCGUAACUUCACAAGCUCCGUUGUCGCCCAGCACUAAAUACACCUACGAUUAUGACCUACAGCACUCCAGCUCGGGUGUAAGCAAGAAGUCCGAUAUCGAAAUCGAUCAAGAUAGCCAGGAUGACAUUGUACCGCCUCAGUAUGGAAGCGAAGAGGCGAAAACGGCCAUUCCCAUCACUUCCAGUUACAAGCCGGACCCGAUGAGCACUUCAUUCUACGGACAGCUGCCAGAAGUUCCGUCGAGUAUGACGAUGACAUCCAGCACUACUCGUUCGAUUCCAAUUCCGAUUACUGGUACAACGAAAGGCUUUUCCAAACCAUACGUCGAAUAUGCAUCCAGCGGAGAUAGCAGUGUCGAUUCCACUCACAAACCGUCCAUGACCGGCGAUCGUAAAUACCUGGACGAAGCGGACUUGGACUUUGAAAAAGCAUUUAGCAGUGCAAGCAGCACUAAGAUGGAUGAUUUAAUGACCACUUCAAUGCAUUUUUCAAGUGAGAAGGAGUUUAUGGCAGCAACAACCACGGCCACUAGUCUGGCACAAGCGCAAAAAAUGGAAAUGGACUUCACUUCCACAGGACUUCCGUCGUCAGUGACAACUACUCUAACGGGGGCACAGCCGAGUGCAACCGUCGCACAGUCGCAACCGUCACAACCACCACAAACCCAAGCGCAAUCACAAUCAACUCAUCCAACUGCACAGUCCACCAGCUCGUCUUCGGCGGAAACAAAGAGUGUGCUUGAUUCGUGGGGAAAGCCACUGGGACUUCCAUCGCCAGCUCCAAUGACAGCCGAUGAUAACAAAACGACUCCGAAAAAGGAACGUCGCAUGCUGAUGAGCAAAACGAAGCUGAACAAUGAGAAGAACCUUCGUAAGCGAGCCGAAUCGCCAACAAAGGCGAAAAAGUCCACUAGUCCCGUCUAUGUAGACCUGUCAUACGUGCCACAUCACGGCAACUCGUACUACGCGAACGUGGAAUUCUUCAAGCGAGUUCGAGCCCGAUACUAUGUAUUCUCCGGUACCGAACCGAGCCGGGAGGUGUACAAUGCCCUACUGGAGGCCAAACAAACAUGGGAAGAUAAAGAAUUAGAGGUAACUAUCAUUCCAACGUACGACACUGAUGUGCUUGGCUACUGGGUUUCGGAGAACGAGGAACUACUCGCCAAAUAUCACAUCGAUCUAUCUCCAAGUGCGGCACGAUGUACAAUCAAUCUGCAGGAUCACGAAACGUCCUGCUCCGCUUACCGACUCGAGUUCUAGGCAUAGGGCAUGAUGAUAGCAUUUAACGGUCACAUGCAGGACGAGGAUGUGGACGCCCAUGAAAUGCAGCAUCCUUUCGUCAUUAAUAGUCUCUAAAUGGAUUUCCCUUUCUCGUCCCAGAGAUUGAGUAAAGUGGAUCAGAGUGAGUAGACAUACCUGAUUCUGUUCGUUGUACCACACAGCGCUACUAAUCGAUUGAUAACUCCUUCAAUUGAUAGUUGUACGUAUCUAGUCCUAGAGAGUGCAUCCUGGAAAUGCAUCAACAUUAAGUUAUAUUAGACGUUUUCCUCAUUAAAACGAAUGGUAUUAAUUGACAUAGAAAGAACACAAAUUUCGUUGGGAACGAACAAUAGGAACAGGGUUCCUGUGAGCAGGAAGAAGGCUGGAAAAGAAGAGCAGGGAACUAACAUAAUUUAAACGAAGAGCUUACUUUGUAGAACCGACCCCUUGACACUGGUCGCACACGGUAACGUAUUUGUUGAGCUUCCGCUAGAAGACUCUAAGUUUAGGCAAGCAUACAUAGAGUGCUGAGCAUGGAGGGUGAUGAACGGCAGCCUACCUGAUUUUUGAAUCUCCCUUAUGUCUUAGAAACAGCUUUCUCACUCAUAUAACGUUCUAAAGGCGAGGGGCAAUACUUUCUUCCUUAAUAGUCUAGGCAUCGAUGCAUUGCUAUCGCGAACCGAGAUACAGUGAAAGGGUAUUAGAGCCCCGUAGCUAGUUGUGAUACUGUUUAUUCGUUUAGUGAACAAACCACACACCCUAUAAUAAGUUGAAGUGUCAUCAACAGAACAGCAGCAUCCCUACAUAGUUUGGGUUGUGUGUGAUGUUUUCAACAUUCCACACUGCAUUGCGGAGCCCCCAAUCGUAGGCUGGCAACUGAUCCGAACAGCAAAUAGCGGCAACGAUCUAUAAGUUCGCUCUAUCACAGAGCAGCAACAUCGGAGGAUUUAUAAUGGAGAGAUAUACGCACAACUUCCGUCUAAAGUCUACACCCAUACCAAUGAUAAUCUCAUAUCGUUAAAGAUUGGAUCGUUCUUUGACAGGAUUAAUCAGACAAAUGCAAUCGUUAACGUACGUACAACAUGCAACACCGUCGAGCAAUCGUUAAUUGCGCCAAUCGAUAAAAAAAAAACAAAACAUGGAAAAAAGGUCAUCCCAUAAUGGGCAAUUAAUAACGGGUCAGUUAAUCAGGGAGCAUAAACAGAAGCGAAGAUAUCCUUUGGUUUGUCGAAGUCCGAGCAGGACAAACACUGUCCACUGUCGGCAAAGUAGUCAAGCAAAAGGGCGCCAGCUAAACGCCAAGGACAUCAAACAAACAAAGUGGUCAAGUUUUUGGAGACAGUGUUGAAACAAACUUUUAUACACCAGCUUACAUAACAAACAACCUCCUGCAAUAGACGAAUUGCGUCAAUCGCCUAAAACCACGCAAAGCAGUCCACCCAUUAACGAAGGCUAAACUGUGUUUAGGUAGGUAGAUUACGUAGGCGAAUCUUAUGAGAACGGAAUGAAGACGACGAUCGUUCACUGUAAGACGUCCAUUACAGACUGGAGAACAAAACAUGGCCAGUACUAUUUUCUCCCUUACCAAAGAUGUUGACGUUGCAAAGGAUAAAGAGAAUCGAACUAGAUUAACAUGCUGCGCUAAUCGGACCAGUUGCCAACGCUGCGAAUAGAUUCGGAACCGCAAUGCAAACAAAUAUCAAAGUUGCGCACCACUAAUAAACGAAGAGCUUUGGAUGCGGACAGGAGAGUCUAUUUACUAAAUCACUAUAUUGUUGAUCUUACACGUAAUAAAUCUCGUGGCACAAAGAUAAACUUAACACUCCUUACGCUAGGGAUUCUGCGCGCCAGUGCAGACUGUACAUGGGUGGAGGGCCAGUAGGUGAGCGAGGGACAUGAUGGGUAUAUUUUUUACAUCCCCCUUUCUUGAUAUUGUGACACGCCGAACACAAGAUAUGCUAACCGGUAACGCUGGCCCCCAAAGGAAUGAAGAAAAAUGGUUACUAUUUAAAAUCAACAUUUUCAUAAUGCAAUUCAUCAUCAAAAUAUUGAAGAUCACAGAUCACCAGCUUGACUAAAUGAAUGAUUGAUUAUAAAAUCACGAGAAUGAAAACUCUAUUUAUCUAAAUAUAGUCAGAAAACAGACAAUUUAAGAGAAACAAAAAAACAAAAUGUACCAUGUUACUACAUUUAAUCUUCCUUAGAGCAAAAAGAAUAUUAAUGAAUCAAGCAAGACAUGCAAAAAAGCUCCACAAAAAUGUUGUUAAGCCCGAGAGCAGUCGAGGCAGUAAGAGAGUUAAAUAAAUCGUAAAUCAAAUUUUCCUAUAUUCCAGCGAAAAUCCCCAAAAACACACACUCUCUCUAAUGCAUACAUCCCAAUUGUUCAUGGAACGUGUUAUCCACUGAAAGAAACUUUCAGCAAUAGUUAUUCCCAAAAAUACAACAAUUAGGGUAAAAGCGUUACAGAAAAGACAAAGAUAUUUGGAAUGGAAAUUACAGAAGACGAAAAAAAGCAUGCAUCUGAUGCACUAUUCCGGCACGGAAACAAACAAAAGUGAACAAAGUAUAUAACGACGUCACACGAGUUGAUAGAAAUAUAAGCCCAUGAAACAGUUCAAAUGAAGCAACCUACGAACAACAAACAUUCAAACAGCAUAAAGCAGGAGAAAAUUACGAAAGGCAACGCCACAAAAAGGCUAUGGGAAAGCUAUGAAUGUUCAACUUAAUAAUAAUGUGCGUAUUAUUUAUUAGCAUCAACUGCAGCGCUUCAACAAAAGCGAUCGAUUUGUGUUACUACAAGAACGGUGUUAAUUAAUGAAUAAAAUAACUACUCUAACGAUGUUUAGUUUGGAUGGCUGUUUAGCAAAAACACACAUAACAAAUCAGUAAAGGGCAUCUAAAAAAAAAGACGUAUGUAAAAUCAUUCCACUCAUCCACAACACUAUCCACAAAACAAAUUGAACGAUAUUUUACAAUGCAAUGAAGGUAAUGCUUUAAAGCCAAAAAAAAAAGACGAACAUGUAACCGUGGUCGUGAUUGUUGAUGACGGAACACAGCCUGUUGGAAUCGAUAGUGAAAGCAAACAUUUAGACAGAACAGCGUCCUUGGUGGGAGAGAUUCGUGCAAAAUUUGUCGAUUUUUAUAUGCAAAUUUUAAGCUUUUAUAUUAGCCAACAAAAAAAAAACCACACACAUUAAAGUACAUUUUCACCCGCGUUAUAGGAACGGCUUGAACGUACGCGACGAAACCUCUCUCAGAAAAAAAAGAAAUGCUUGUGAUUUCUGACUCCGGCCACGGAAUGUCGGCAUGAGACGAACAUUUACUAUUUGCCAAUAGCAUUGCAUGGAUAUUUAGGAUAGGUUGUUAGAAUCAAAGUCUGCUUACGGUAAAGAGAAGGACGGGAACAGAAUGCUGCUGGGGUACCGGACGAUGGUAUACCACAAAGCCGCAGCCUGACGUGGCCAAUCAAAAUGGAAAGUGCUUUGCAGCUUAUUCGGAUAGAUGGUUUGUGCUUUGCAUGUUGUGUGUGUAAGAUAUAUACUUAUUUGAGACAUUUGUUUAGUAACCCUUAAUCAAUACAACCCGAGCAACCGUGACAAACGCGGGCAGGUAGUGAAUGUUUUCCUGAUUUGCCUUAGCUUGCGCUGACGAGCCAUUUGACCAUUCUUAUUACCGUUAGUAUUAGGGCAUUUGUCUGUUAGGUUUUGCGUUUUGCUUACAAAGGUGAGUUUGGGAAGUGCUUGUAUGUUUUUGGGUGCUAUGUACCGGAAAUGCCUUCUAGGAAUGUGGAGAUGCGGUGGGAAAGAUAGGAACCGGAUUUCUGUGCGACAAAAGUAAGGUUUACCCCGCAUUACGAACAAAGAUGGGCUGUGCGAUUAUGUUGAGACGCGUUUAACCAGGUUAGAAGCAAGGCAAGCAUAAAGACGAUUGUGGAUUAGGAGGACGAACGAACGUGGAACGAAUAAGUGAUACUGUCACGAAAUUACAAUACCUAGAGGGCCUAGGAUAAAGUUCAGUAUAAGUUCAGGAUAGUGUUAGCUUACUUUAAAGCAGCAAUCUGCCCUGUAAUGGAACGAAACUGUACCGAUUUUUUGCUUUAACAUUUUUCAAAACCAUACUGCUUCGCUAAGUUGGUCAUUCCUGUAUCAGAUAAUGGGUAGAAUUCGACAUUUGGUUAACGAAAUAUACGUGAACAACGUUAGCUUGUGGCUUCUGUUAGCUUGGCGAUUCAACCUAUACCAUAUCCUACUUUCAAAACGAUAUAAAACAUGAAAAGACGUAAAUAAGGAAACGCGUUUGAUCCUUCAACCUAAAUAACAAUCGCGCGCGGAUUGGACUGAAAGUACACAUGAGACGCUUAGUUGGAAAAGGGACGCGAUAACAGUUUGGAAUUGAAUCACGCUGAACGAGAAGGGAAAUUAAAUGAAUCUACAUUCUACACAAUAAACAAACACAUGCACACAUUCUGAUACUAUAAUAAAAGAUUAUCAUUAACACGGAGAUCUCUACUGUGGAGAUCUCUCGUAGCAAAACAAAAAAAAACCUAUACUUUUAGCUUCAUCUAGUCAGUUUAUUGAAUGUUUCAUCGGUUUUGAAAAGUAAACAAAAGAACUAAUUGAAUAAAAAAAACAAAGGG